GAUCCAAACUUAUCAGUUCAUCCUUGCACAACUCUCCCUCCACACCUUCCUGCCAAGUCCGUUCAGUGUCCAUGCUGUCAAACUGCCUGUGAUCCGCCAUGAAGAAUCUGCUAAUAUUGGGUGCAAUGGCAUUUUGCCUUUGUGUGCACGUUUGUUCAGACACACAAUCUGGACCCCAAGGAGACACAACGCUUCCAGAGGAGGAUGGAGUUUUACAGCUGAAACAGGAGCAUUUCAAGAGAGCACUGCGGAAGUACAAGCAGCUUCUGGUGCACUUCUACACUCCUUUUACCAAAGAAGCUCAUCGCGUGACGGCAGCAUUCAAGGAUGCAGCCGAAGCCCUCAUGGGGUCAGAGGUCAAACUGGGAGUUGUGGACGUGACUCAGGAAAAAGACUUGGUUAAAGAGCUCAAUGGAACCAGCUACCCUAUGGUCAGAUUAUACAUCUCUGGAGAUAUACACAACCCUGUACCCUGCCCUGAUCCUCAGAGCUCAGCUUCCAUCUUGACAUGGCUGAGAAGGAGAUCGGGGUCAGCUGCUGACCUCAUCACUGAUCUAAUCCAGUUUGGGGCCUCUGAGGAGUUGAUGGUGGUUGGAUUCUUUAAGGAACUGACCCAUGCGUACGUCCAGGUCUUCCAUGCUGCGGCAGUGGACCUUCCUGACAUCACCUUUGCUUUGACACAGAACGAGGAAGUCAGCAGGAAAUACAGACUUUCGCAAGAUGUUGUAUUACUGCUUAAAAAAUCUGAACUCAUCAAGGCUCACAAAAUGACGCCUCAGACUUCAAAGGAAGAGCUGGUCCUCUUUAUCUCUGUCUACAAGAUGGAUCCGGUCACUGAGUACGAUGGCCAGACAGCCUCUCAGAUCUUGAACUCACCUGUGUUAAACCACGCCCUCCUCUUUGUCAACAAGAGUUCUGCAGACUUUGAAGAGAUUUCUUCUGCCUUCAGCAGCGCUGCAGAGAAGUUUAGGAUGAAGAUUUUGUUUGUUUUGGUCAACGUGGCUGAAUCUCGUAAUGGACGACUUAUGGAGUACUUCCGGGUUCGGGACUUUGAGGCUCCUCUCAUUCGAUUGGUCAACCUGACAGAUCACGUGACCUACCACCUGCCCUCUGACACCCUGAAUGUAGAGGUCAUUCAGGAGUUCUGCCAGUCCUAUCUGGAUGGAAAGGCCAAGCCCAAGAUGCAGAGUGAGCCGAUUCCUGAAGGCUGGGACCAAAAGCCUGUGAAAGAGCUGGUGGGAAUGAAUCUGGAGCAAGUAGCUUUUAACCCUGACAAGACGGUUUUUGUUCUGUUCUAUCUUCCUUACAGUAAAGCCUCCCUCACUCUGUUCCCGCUGUGGGAAGAGCUAGCCGAGGCUUUCAGGGAGCGUGAGGAUGUGGUCUUCGCUCGCAUCGAUGCUUCUGCCAAUGACAUCAACUUGUCCACACAGGGAGCCUACCCUUCCCUCUGCCUGUUUCCUGCUCUGUAUACAGAGAGGAUGGUGAUUUACAGAGGAAAAAGGAAACUGAAGGAUCUUGUUCGAUUUGUCGAUAAAGAGAUGGAGAAGGCCAAAAAGUACAGAGUAAAGGAGGAUGAAGAAAGAAAGAAAUACAUGGAGGCCCAAGAAGACACAACAAAAGGCAAAGAAACUAAGGAUGAGCUUUGAUACAAAGACUGAAACAGCUCUGCUUUGAUUUGUGUACGUGUGUAUAUAUCACAUGACUUAAUUUUUUCAUUUCUGCAUAAUUAAUUUAACUAAAAUUUUAAAUGUCUGUUUAAUCUGAUUAAAUACAAACGUUUUUUAAAAAAA